CUGAUUUGUGUAAGAUAUUGUUUAUGUUUUGUUCAUCUAUUUUGUUUAUCUUCUCCCAUUAUUUCUUUUUUUUCCAUUACAGAAAAGGUUUACAUGGCCCCCAACUUUGAACGACAUGGUGCGACGCAACUUUGAAAAAUGGAGUGCAGCUAAGAUGUCGCAACUAAUGCAAGAUGCACGUAAAGAUUUGGAAAAUAAGCCUACUUGGAUGAGAGAGAGAAUGUGGGAACAAUUGAAGGCAAUUUGGAAUUCCUCUAAUUUCCAAAAAAAAAUCUUAGAUAAAUAAAAGAAAUCGCAAUUUUGUGGAUGGUGCAUCUCUUCACACUGGCGGAUCAAUUCCUCAUCGGGUGCUAUGGAAAAAAAUGGUAUUGUUACUUUUCUAUUUUAUAUUUAAAUAUUAAUGAAAUUAAGAUAUACUUUUUUUUUACAGAAAGAGACGAAAGGAGAAGACCCAACAUUUAGUGACUUUUAUUUUCGUACUCAUCGUACUAAAGAUAAAAACUGGGUCGGUAUUCAUGCUGAAUCUGCUUAUGAGAAAUUUGAAAAUAAAAAGAUUGAGUUAUCGUCUGAAGCUUCAACUUUUGUUCCGGGAGAGGACGAAGCUGAUAGUCAACCAACCAAAGUUAUGCCAUCUGAUAUUGAUAUAUGGGUGGAUGUAGUUGGGAGAAAGAAAGGGAGAAUAUUUGGUCUCGGAUCUAUAGCCAAAACAUUGAAUCCAAAUCAGCCAUCAAUGCGUUCCGAUUCAGAGGUUGAUGCUUUGAGAAGUCAAGUUCAUGCGUUGAAUGAAUCCUUGCAAAAACAGGAGCAAGAAAAGUUGUUGAUGAAACAACAGUUGCAACGACAAGAAAAAGAGAUGGCCGAGACCAACAAAAAUUUAACCUUUCUUAUGCAACAUUUAGGAUUUGUUGGAUCUUCUUCUCGUCCAAGCUCAUCACCACAACUCAACGAUGAAACUGAUGAAGAUAGUGAGGAUAUUGGUAGUGGUCAUAUUGAGUAGUAUUUGUUUCUAUUUUGUUAAAUUGGUUGUAUCAUGUACUUGAUUGUACUUAGUUUUUUUUUUUUUUUGAUCAUGUUUUAAUUAAUACUUAGUUA